CUCACGUUAUCAUUCUAUAGUUUAUUUGCUACUACUGGAAAACAACAGUCUAUUGUCUAUCAAGAUGUCUUCCAACACCAUCACCGUCACCCUCCUCCAACUCGCAAAGAUGAUCGACCACUCCCUCCUGCAUCCGACCAUGACCGACGAAGACAUUGUUGCUGGUCUGGGCAUCGCCCGUGCGAGCAACGUUGCAACUGCCUGCGUGAAACCAUACCUCAUCCCGCUGGCCAAGAAAGAGCUCGCCGGGAGCGACGUCCUCGUUUGUCCGGUGAUCGGGUUCCCUCACGGUAACAGUACAACGGAGAUCAAAGUGAUCGAGGCGACAGCAGCAGCCAAGGCAGGUGGUGACGAGAUCGACAUGGUCGUCAACGUGGGCAAAGUCCUUGGCGGCGAUUGGGAUUAUGUGAAGGAAGAGAUCCGCCAGAUCAACGAAGCGGUGGUGGCUCAUGGUGCCAUUCUCAAGGUUAUAUUCGAGAAUGAUUAUCUCCAGUCUGAACACAUUGCGAGACUGUGUGAGAUCUGUACGGAAUUGAAAGUCGCCUUCGUCAAGACCUCCACCGGAUAUGGCUUUGUCAAGCAGAAGGAUGGGUCAUAUAACUACCACGGGGCGACCGUCAAGGACCUCAAGCUCAUGAGGGAGAAGUCGGGGAAGGACGUCCAGAUCAAGGCAGCCGGGGGUGUGAGAACGUUGGAUGAUUUGCUGCAUGUCAUGAGCUUGGGUGUAACUCGAAUUGGCGCCACAGCGACCGUGGCAAUUUUGGAGGAAGCGAAAAAGCGUGGAAUUGGCAACGAGCCGGUGGAAGUUUCCUUUAAGCCAAUGGCUGAGGAUGGCACAGGCGGGUACUGAGGUCUGUGUCCAUGGAUGAUUGUAAAUAACCAGUCGAGAUUUCUUGUAUGUAUUGAAUGACACGAAUCAGACGGAUCAGGAUUCCAGGCUUCCUCACGCCAGGAAGAUCCGUAAGCUAUGUAGAUACUAAGUCCAGCGAUG